AUGGAGGCCGCCGCGAAUGGACGGCAUAUCCACCACGAGCAGCUGAGGCGGGAGAAGCUCAUCAUCGACACGGAUCCCGGCGUCGGUGCGUACCUUUGCGAGAAGGCAGGUCAUCCUGAGAUUCCAGUAGCAAAGGGAAGCUCUGAGCCUCUCAAGGGAGGAAAGCCGCAUGUUGCCGACUUCGUUCAUGGAUCAGAUGGUCUUGGGAACAUAGAGCUUCCUGAUCCAAGUAUCAAGAAAGUUGAGCAGAGGGCUGAUGAGUCCCUGGUUGAUAAGGUCUCACAGUUUCCUGGAGAGGUCUCUGUACUUGCCUUGGGCCCUCUGACGAACGUAGCAUUGGCCAUCAAGAGAGAUCCCUCCUUUGUGAAAAAUGUUAAAGAGGAUUGUUGUGCUAGGUGGAGCUUUCUCCGCGGCAGGAAACGCCACCCCUGCAGCUGA